CAUUUUCCCCUCACGUUUGCCGCUCUUUUUCCUUCAAGCUUCCCGCCAUUUUCCCCUCAUGGAUCCCGCUCUUUUUCCCCUCAGGUUUCCCGCUCUUUUUCCCCUCACAUUUCCCGCCCUUUUCCCCUCAUGGUUCCCGCUCUUUUCCCUCAUGGUUUCUACCAUUGUCCCCUCAGGUUUUCCACCAUUUUCCCCUUAUGUUUUCCACCAUUUUCCCCUCAUGUUUUCCACCAUUUUCCCUCAGGUUUUCCACCAUUUUCCCCUCAUGUUUUCCACCAUUUCCCCCUCAUGGUUUCUGCCAUUUUCCCUCAGGUUUUCCACCAUUUUCCCUCAGGUUUUCCACCAUUUUCCCCUCAGGUUUCCCGCUCUUUUUCCCCUCACGUUUGCCGCUCUUUUUCCUUCAAGCUUCCUGCCAUUUUCCCCUCAGGUUUUCCACCAUUUUCCCCUCAUGGUUCCCGCUCUUUUCCCCUCAUGCUUUCUACCAUUGUCCCCUCAGGUUUUCCACCAUUUUCCCCUCAGGUUUUCCACCAUUUUCCCCUCAUGGAUCCCGCUCUUUUCCCCUCAGGUUUCCCGCUCUUUUACCCCUCACAUUUCCCGCCCUUUUCCCCUCAUGGUUCCCGCUCUUUUCCCCUCAUGUUUUCCACCAUUUUCCCCACAUGUUUUCCACCAUUUUCCCCUCAUGUUUUCCACCAUUUCCCCCUCAUGGUUUCUGCCAUUUUCCCUCAGGUUUUCCACCAUUUUCCCUCAGGUUUUCCACCAUUUUCCCCUCAGGUUUCCCGCUCUUUUUCCCCUCACGUUUGCCGCUCUUUUUCCUUCAAGCUUCCUGCCAUUUUCCCCUCAGGUUUUCCACCAUUUUCCCCUCAUGGUUCCCGCUCUUUUCCCCUCAUGCUUUCUACCAUUGUCCCCUCAGGUUUUCCACCAUUUUCCCCUCAGGUUUUCCACCAUUUUCCCCUCAUGGAUCCCGCUCUUUUCCCCUCAGGUUUCCCGCUCUUUUACCCCUCACAUUUCCCGCCCUUUUCCCCUCAUGGUUCCCGCUCUUUUCCCCUCAUGGUUUCCACCAUUUCCCCCUCAGGUUUUCCACCAUUUUCCCCUCAUGGAUCCCGCUCUUUUCCCCUCAUGGUUCCCACCAUUUUCCCGUCAGAUUUCCCGCUCUUUUCCCCUCAGGUUUUCCACCAUUUUCCCCUCAUGUUUUCCACCAUUUCCCCCUCAUGGUUUCUGCCAUUUUCCCUCAGGUUUUCCACCAUUUUCCCUCAGGUUUUCCACCAUUUUCCCCUCAGGUUUCCCGCUCUUUUUCCCCUCACGUUUGCCGCUCUUUUUCCUUCAAGCUUCCCGCCAUUUUCCCCUCAGGUUUUCCACCAUUUUCCCCUCAUGGUUCCCGCUCUUUUCCCCUCAUGCUUUCUACCAUUGUCCCCUCAGGUUUUCCGCCAUUUUCCCCUCAUGUUUUCCACCAUUUUCCCUCAUGUUUUCCACCAUUUACCCCUCAGGUUUCCCGCUCUUUUUCCCCUCACGUUUUCCGCUCUUUUUCCUUCAAGCUUCCUGCCAUUUUCCCCUCAUGUUUCCUGCUCUUUUCCCCUCAUGUUUUCCACCAUUUUCCCCUCAUGGAUCCCGCUCUUUUCCCCUCACAUUUCCCGCUCUUUUUCCCCUCACAUUUCCCGCCCUUUUCCCCUCAUGGUUCCCGCUCUUUUCCCCUCAUGUUUUCCACCAUUUUCCCUCAGGUUUUCCGCCAUUUUCCCCUCAUGGUUCCCGCUCUUUUUCCCCUCACUGUUUCCGCCAUUUUCCCCUCAUGGUUCCCGCUCUUUUCCCCUCAUGGUUCCCACCAUUUUCCCGUCAGAUUUCCCGCUCUUUUCCCCUCAUGUUUUCUACCAUUGUCCCCUCAGGUUUUCCACCCUUUUCCCUUCAUGGUUCCCGCUCUUUUCCCCUCAUGUUUUCCACCAUUUUCCCUCAGGUUUUCCACCAUUUUCCCCUCAGGUUUCCCGCUCUUUUCCCCCUCACAUUUGCUGCUCUUUUUCCUUCAAGCUUCCCGCCAUUUUCCCCUCAUGGUUCCUGCUCUUUUUCCCCUCACUGUUUCCGCCAUUUUCCCCUCAUGGUUUCUGCCAUUUUCCCUCAGGUUUUCCACCAUUUUCCCCUCAUGUUUCCUGCCCUUUUCCCCUCACAUUUCUCGCUCUUUUUCCCCUCAUGGUUCCUGCCAUUUUCCCCUCAGCUAUUCUACCCUUUUCCCCUCAUAUUUCCCGCCAUUUCCUCCCCUUUUUCCCUCCCAAAAUCCAUCCUGGAACCCCCAAACCCUUACUGGGAACACUGGGAGCCCCUGGUUUCUCCCCUUGUUGUAUUUAUUAAAGCUUUUUU